CCCGCUGCGAGGCGGGUCGCCUGGCCGGGAGGUGCGCCUUGGUUUCCUGCUCCUUGCGCCGGGGAUGGUACAACCACCAGGCGGAACCUGGCAGGGCCCGGAACGCUGUCCGCGGUUGCCGACCGGUCCCGGGGUAAAGCAGACAUGCGUUCCGGAGGUCGCGGCCGUCCCCGACAGCGGCUGGGGGAGCGCGAUCUCAUGGAGUCACUCUCGCCGCCCAAGCGCCACCUGCUACCGCGAGGACGGCUCUUGCCUUUGCUGCUGGUGCUGACCAUGGUCACGGCUUUCUACGUUGUCUGGACCGGCUGGCACCGGGGAAAUGACGAGCUGUCGCGGAGCCGAGAGCUGAGGGCCUCGAUAACUGGAAGCCUGUCAGAAGUCAAGCUGCGGAGGGUCGUGGGACAGCUGGAUGGACAGCGUCUCUGGGGGACUUUCCUACGCCCCCUGCUGAUUGUACGAUCCCCAGGCAGCCCUGGCAAUCUCCAAGUUAGAAAGUUCCUGGAGGCCACGUUGCGGUCCCUGACAGCUGGCUGGCAUGUGGAGCUGGAUCCCUUCACAGCCUCAACCCCCCUGGGACCACUGGACUUUGGAAAUGUGGUGGCAACACUCGAUCCGGGAGCUGCUCGCCACCUCACCCUCGCCUGCCAUUACGACUCAAAGUUCUUCCCGCCUGGGUCAGCCCCCUUCGUGGGGGCGACGGAUUCCGCUGUGCCCUGCGCCCUGCUCCUGGAGCUGGCCCAAGCCCUGGAUCUGAUGCUGAGCAGAGCCAAGCAGCAGGCAGCCCCAGUGACUCUGCAGCUGCUCUUCUUGGAUGGGGAGGAGGCCCUGAAGGAGUGGGGGCCCAGAGACUCGCUGUACGGCUCCCGGCACCUGGCCCAUCUCAUGGAGUCUAUACCCCACAGCCCCGGCCCCACCAGGAUCCAGGCUAUUGAGCUCUUUGUCCUUCUUGAUCUCCUGGGAGCCGCCAGUCCCACCUUCUACAGUCACUUCCCCCGCACGGCCCGCUGGUUCCAAAGACUCCGAAGCAUCGAAAAACGUCUGCACCAACUCAACUUGCUGCAGUCUCACCCGCACGAAGUGAUGUACUUCCAACCUGGGGAGCCCCCCGGCUCAGUGGAAGAUGAUCACAUCCCCUUCCUCCGCAGAGGGGUUCCGGUGCUCCACCUCAUCACCACACCCUUCCCUGCUGUGUGGCACACCCCUGCAGACAGCGAGGCCAAUCUGCACCCACCCACGGUGCACAAUCUGAGCCGCAUCCUGGCUGUGUUCCUGGCAGAAUACCUGAAGCUCUAGCCUGGGGGCCACUGCCCCGGAGGACCUUGAGCCGACCUCACAGCAGCUCGCCUUGUUGCCUUGCUUGGGUACCUGGAGUCAGUGUGGCAAGUGUGGCUGAGGGAGACGGUUGAAGGGAGAGAGUUUGGCUCCCGGACCCCAGAAGAACACCUAUUCUGGACGUUUCCAGGGACCACACGUUGUGCCAUGCACUGGCACCUCCGCAGGCACCACCCGACCUCUCUGCAGAAUGGGUCCUCUUGCUUCUGCACUAGCUCCUGUCCCGCCUCCCACGUGGGCAUGGGCUCAGAAUCUGGAAUAGGGACAGAAGCCCAGACUUCAUAGCUGCAUUCCGCAGGAGCUGGUAUGGUAUGUUAACUGGAUCAGAGCCCCGGGGAAAGAUAUUAAAUGAGUUUCUGCACCAAA